AAAUGAAGAGUUUGAGAGUGUGUUUCCUCAUUUUCCUUUUAUUGGAAGCCCUGUGGUGUGAAGGAUGUUGGAGGGAAGAGAGAGAAGCACUUUUAGACCUACGUUUCCGUGAACAACCCGGUGAUUGCUGUGAAUGGGAAGGAGUGCACUGCAAUCCCUCCACGGGGAGAGUGGCGCAACUCGAUCUUCUUUUGAUCUAUGACCAACAAUAUAUAAAUUACUCUGAUUUUUCUGUCUUCAAAGAUUUGAAGAACCUCUCCUUGUCAUCUAAUACAGUUGGCUGUGUUGGGGAUGCAGAGUUGCCAAAUCUCCAGCUCCUUAGCUUCAAUUAUAACUAUCUGGAUAAUGCUACCACCAUUCUUCUAUCUUGUUUGGAUGGACUUCCAUCUCUUAAGUCUCUUUAUUUAAGUGAUAAUAAGUUCAGUACAUCUUCACUAAACCACGUUUUUGAAAGUGUGUCACGAAAGCUGCGUCGUAAUCUGGAGGUCCUUGACAUAAGUUGGAACCCUUUGACUAAUGAGAUCUUGCCAUCCCUUGAGGAAUUCACAUCUUUAAAGGAACUGUAUUUGUGUGGAACUGAAUUGGACUCGGAUCUUCACUUUGACGGUUUAUGCUCAACAUUGAGGAAUCUUGAGGUUCUUUAUUUUUCCUAUAACAACUUCAACCAAACUGAUAUUGGCUCUGCUCUCAUUGGAUUCUCAUCCCUCAAGUCUUUUUAUUUAGAUAACAGUGCAUUGAUUUGGAGAUCGAUUUACAAUAUUUCAAAAUUGAGUUCUUUGGAGUUCCUUGACUUAUACGGGAACAACUUAAACGAGUCUGGCAGUAUGUUGAGGCCUUUCAAAGAUAAUCAGACCUUUAAAUGGCCAACCAAUUUACGACAUUUAGACCUGCGUGUAAACAGUUUGAGCAACAGAUUUGUUCCAUAUCUGAGGGGUCUUCCACAUCUUCAGUUUCUUGAUUUAAGCUGCAAUCAAUUUCAAGGAGAGUUAGAUAUAAACGGUCAGUAUUUUAUAAAUUUGUAACUUUAUGUUUUUAUUAUAAAGAU